AUGACCAAGAAAUUGAAGAAAUCCAACAUCAUAAAUGAUAAAAUUCCUCAACAAGAAAAUGCAAUUAUAAUUAUUGGGGAUACAGGAGAGGGAAAAAGUACAUUAUCGGGUUAUUUAAUUGGAAUUCCCUUGUUCAGUAAAGAAGAUGACCUUGGAGACUAUACUAUUUGUGCUAAAGAUCCAAAUGAAAUUGAUAUUAAUGCUGGACCUACUUCACAGACCUCUUUACCAACAUGCCGAGGAGUAUACUGGGAUUAUCCUGGUUUUGGAGACACACGAGGUCCUGUACAAAAUAUUGUGAAUGCUUAUUCAAUUUAUAAGUUAGUUAAAAAUGUAGAAAGAUUAAAAAUCUUACUCGUUGUUUCUGAAUCUACAGGAUUGUGCUUAGUAGUAACAAAAAAUAAUAAACUCUAUGCUAAUAAAGUAAGAAAUUGUUUCCGUAAAAUCCUUGGAGAAUAUGAUAAUCAAAGUUUCAGUCAACCUAAGAGAGAAAUACUCAAUUAUUUGUCCUCUUCUGAAAGUCAAAUAGUUUUUUUCAAUGCUCCUGAACAAGAAAAUGACCAAAUUUCUAAUACCGACAAAAUUUCAAUAUUGGAGAGUAUAGAAAAGAUUUCUUAUUUGAAAAAUCUAGAACCUAAAAUUUUAUUGGAUGAUAAAUCAAACCUUUAUAUUAACGACCUAGUCAAUAGGUUCUAUGAAGACAUAAAAAAUUACAUUUGGUUAAGGUUUUAUCCAGCGAUUCAAACCUACUUUGAAACUUUAAUAGAUACACAUCAAGGCACAGUUAAAGAUUUGAUAUAUGAUAAUCCAGAAAACUUUGAAGAAAAUCUUCAACAAAUUCUUUUAAUCGUUAAACUUAUACAAAGAAAUGAUCUCGAAGAAGAACUUUUGAAAAAAAUUUCUUUGUUAAAUUUCUUCAAACUUGUCAAGUCGGAGUCAGUUGAAAUUAAUGGAAAUACUGACAGUUGGUAUAGUUAUUUAUCUCAAUUGAUUAAUGAGAUAGAGAUACUUACAACGUUGCCUAAAAUAUAUAAUCAAGAACAUUUAUUAGUACUGGAAGGCAUAAUUGUUGGUACUGAAGAUCUUAGUAUUGCGAUGAAUGAUCAAGAAUUUUCCGAAAUAAAUGUAUUUAGCUUGAAUAGUUUGUUUAUUGACAAGGAUAUAAUUGCACCAGGAAUUAAUCUGACGUUGGUAUCUCCUCAGUGGCAUGUUGUAGGUAAAAGAAUAAUUAAUUUAAAGGGUAACCCUGGCUCCUUACAUCAACCAAAUAAAGCAAAUGAUGGAAUACCUUCUACUAGAGAACAAAUUAAUGAUGGAAUACCUUCUACUAGAGAACAAAUUAAUGAUGGAAUGCCUUCUACUAGAGAACAAAUUAAUGAUGGAAUACCUUCUACUGGAGAACAAAUUAAUGAUGGAAUACCUUCUACUAGAGAACAAAUUAAUGAUGAUAAACAAAUUAACACAAAUUACGAAAUAACAUCCAUUGAAGAACAAAAAAUUAGUGGCGAAGAUGGACUGCCUGGACUACCUGGAUAUAAUGGUGGAAAUUUUUAUGAUCGUGUAAAAAAUAAAAGUGAGCAAGCACUUGUAUCAAGAAAAAAAGUAAAAUUCUUUUCAGAUAAAGAAAAUACAGAAACUAUUGAUAAAGUAAAAGAAUAUUCUGAAAAAGUUUUUAAAUUUUUGUUAACAUGUAAUGAUAAGCAUGAAGAAACAUAUGAGUAUUUUGAUCCAGGACUAAAAGGAGGAAAUGAAAAUCCUAUUAUAUUUAAAGAAAGUAAAAGAGGUACAAAUGGAAAGGGAGGAAAGCCAGGUCAUGGUGGAAAAAAUGGUCAAAAAUAUUUUGGCACUGUUGUAGGAGCUAUGGAAGCUUCAAAAAUGACUUUUUUAGAAAAAUUUUUAAUUGAUUAUGGUUUUAAAGAAGCAACUCAAAAAUUAGCAUUUAGUACUUCUGGAGCCUUGGGAAGCCUCGGUAUAACCUUUGCAGCUCAGGCAGGAAUAUCAGCAAUAAGUGCGAAAUAUUCAAGUUAUUGGAAAGAAGGACCAUAUGAAGUAGAUAAUGAUGAACGUGCUCCUGAAGGAAAAUUGCUUGAUGAGUUCAAUGAGGAUAAUAUUAAACUACCAUCUGACCACCUUCUACUUAUAACAGAAAACGAAAAAUUUUAUGAUCAAUACAAAAAUUUUAAAUUUAUUAAGGAGCUGCUAUGUUUAGAAAAAAUUGCUUAUUAA